AUGAAAGAUCAAGCCUCAUCAACCCUCAACAAUAAGAGGAAAUUUCAUCCUUAUGAGAAUCAGAGAAGUAUGGAUCUUAAGAAAGCUCAACAUACAGCAAGUGGUCUGUUAAAGAAACCCAAUUCUCAAACCUUAACCAAGAACAACGUACCGAAACGUACUAAGGGUUUGAAGCCAUCCCAUGAUCAACCACAGCAGACAAACAUAUCUCAACCACUUCAAAGACAAAGAGGUAGUGGUAUUAGAACGAAUCAGAGAGUGAUGGCACUAUCUCCAGAUGCUGUUGCCAGAUACAAUGAAUUAAGGUCUUCUCUAGACAAGGAGAAGGCUUCCACUUUUAGAAAGAGCACGAAUUCAACUCCACCACAAUAUGACUCUACUACACCGGUCCAUAACAUGGUACUCUCUCCAUCAUCACCUGUAUUUGAAAUUGAUACUCAAAACGUCGCUUGUUUCUCAGACAUAUCCAUCAUGAUAAUGGAUGAAGGCUUUGCUCUUUCAGAAUCAGACUUUUCAGAAUUCAAGGAGCAUGUGAUGGAAUGUGAUGAGGUGUUUUGGAAACAACCCACCAUGGAGCCAAUGAUUCAAUGGGAUGAGGAGAUUAUGAAGUGGAGUGGUUUGAUCCUAUAG